AUGUGUGCUCAUUGUAAAAAAAAAAAAAAAAAAAAUACAAAUAGUACAGAAAUUCAGAGUAAAAAUUAUUAUAUUUCACUAAAUUUUUUUAAGGCAGUGAGACUUUUUGAAUCAUCUGACCUCCUAAAAGUUCACAUUAUUCAGUUCAUUUUUAUAUUAAAACUUAGGACUGCAUUUCUAUGGUUUUGUUUCAAAAGCUAUUUUCUCUGGAAAAAGUAUUACCCAACACCAGUGGAUCAAAUAUUUAAACAUGCAGAUGCUGGGUAUAUAAUUUCACCCUUGUGGUUUUUAGCCUCACUCUGUGGACCACUAAGACUUAGCUGCUACUUGAACAUAGUAAUGUAG